CUGCGCAGUGGCGUGGUCUCGGGGGCGGGGCGCGGCGGCUGUCAGCUGACUGUGGCGGCGGCGGCCUCGAGGUGACAACUGUGUCCGUCGCAGGCUCCGGCAGGGGCGCAGGAGGUCGCCCGGCGCGUCACUCUCGGGUCGGCGAGCCACGGGGGCCGCCGCAGCACCAUGGCGACCACCGUCAGCACUCAGCGCGGGCCGGUGUACAUCGGGGAGCUCCCGCAGGACUUCCUCCGCAUCACGCCCACACAACAGCAGCGGCAGGUCCAGCUGGACGCGCAGGCGGCCCAGCAGCUGCAGUACGGAGGCGCCGUGGGCACCGUGGGCCGACUGAACAUCACUGUGGUUCAGGCAAAGUUGGCCAAGAAUUACGGCAUGACCCGCAUGGACCCCUACUGCCGACUGCGCCUGGGCUACGCGGUGUAUGAGACGCCCACGGCACACAAUGGCGCCAAGAAUCCCCGCUGGAAUAAGGUCAUCCACUGCACGGUGCCCCCAGGCGUGGACUCCUUCUAUCUCGAAAUCUUUGAUGAGAGAGCCUUCUCCAUGGAUGACCGCAUCGCGUGGACCCACAUCACCAUCCCCGAGUCCCUGAGGCAAGGCAAGGUGGAGGACAAGUGGUACAGCCUGAGCGGGAGGCAGGGGGACGACAAGGAGGGCAUGAUCAACCUCGUCAUGUCCUACGCGCUGCUGCCAGCUGCCAUGGUGAUGCCACCCCAGCCUGUGGUCCUGAUGCCGACGGUGUACCAGCAGGGCGUCGGCUACGUGCCCAUCACAGGGAUGCCCGCCGUCUGCAGCCCUGGCAUGGUGCCCGUGGCCCUGCCCCCAGCCGCCGUGAACGCCCAGCCCCGCUGUAGCGAGGAGGACCUGAAAGCCAUCCAGGACAUGUUCCCCAACAUGGACCAGGAGGUGAUCCGCUCCGUGCUGGAAGCCCAGCGAGGGAACAAGGACGCUGCCAUUAACUCCCUGCUGCAGAUGGGGGAGGAGCCGUAGAGCCUCCACCUCGCUGCUGUGUCACCCCAGCUCUUUGGACACGCCGACCGGGCGCUCCCCAAGGAAUGCUGUCCCAACAAGAUCCCCGUGACACAGCACCCUGUCGCCCCUCCCGUGGACGUCUGGGCUGCCCCGCCCAGGCCUGCUCUUGGAUGCAUGGGGUUUUCGGUUCCUGGCGGCCCAGGACAGGGCGGGGGCUCCCUUCACCUCUUGUGCUGGGAGGUCUCAGCUCAUUUGCCUGUCCCCAGGACGUGCGUCUCCCCUUCUCAUGCUGUUCGGGAAAAUGUUCUUGCUGUAGAGAGCAGCUGCUUCUGCCAGGGUGUUGGAGGUGGUGGAGCGCCUUCUGAUUCCAUUCAUGGCAUUUUGUGAUGUGACAUAAUUGGAAUAGAGCUGUUGAUUUAAGGCACACACAAUCCCUCACACUGAUUUGUGGGUUUUUUUAGAACUUCCCAGCCGAAAACUCACGUCUUUGCCCUAACGCGCUUUGCUGUGAGCCUGGCCCCUGCCCAGGGCUUGGGUCUGGUGAGCCGAGCCGCCUCCUGUGGAUGGCGUGGGGCUGGCCUCUGGCUGGCUCACCUGGCCACUGUCCAGCCAGCCUUGUGACAGACUCCAGCCUGAAGGCAGGAUGAACCCACACCUGGCAUGAGGAGGGGAGCCUAGCACGGUUGGCCGGGCUCUGCCUGAUUGCCAGCCAGCGGGCAUCUGAAGCCGAGUCCUUCACCCGCGGGAGGCUGCCGUCCGUCUGUCCUGCUGCUCACGCCAGCUCCGUGGGUGCCCUCCCAGGGGGCUUCUCUUCUCAACAGGCCUUGCAAGGCUGGGGUGGGAGGUGAUAGAGGCAGCACGUGCAUGAUUCUGAGAGGGGUUACGGCACUGCCAGCCGACUGCUGACAACAGCUUGGGCAGCUGCUGUGCCCGGGACCUAGGUUCAGUGUGGGCGAGGGAAGCCUGGCGAACAUGGCCCUGUAAAAGCUUUCUGAGGCGGGAGGCGUGCGCUCACCUCUGACUGCCUGGGUACCGUGUGUAGCAUCUUGGCUUACAGGACAGAUUUUAGGUGACACCUGGUUAUGAAAGGAAUUUGAGAAACUUCUCACAAGUGAUGCACUUUACAUAAUCCGCAUGCCAUCGAGACGCGCGUGUGCGCACCCGCAUGUCUGCUGUUUGUGGUUCAAGUGUCUGCCCCCAGUCUUUGGACGGAAACGCAUUGAUACGGACAGAAGGAGAAGGCCCACAAGUGGGUCUUCUAUGGAAGAUGCAGAAGGAGGAAGUUAGUGCUUACGUUUUAGUCUUUUUCUCCCUCGAAAAAAUAGGUUAAGUUUCAGUGUCAGCUAGAAAAUACUGCUUUCCGCCACCGCUUGGGGGUGGUUUUUGUCAAAUAUACUGUUGAUAAAUAUUUAUUUUUGUAAACUUGAAGUGUGUGGUGGCCGUUGGGGAGGGACAUGGCAGCAGCAGGCGCCUUCUUCAGCCGUGGGUCCUAAAGGCCUUUGAUUGUGCGAAGAAGAAAGACAUGGUGUUUGCUCAGCAGACGCUGACCACUCAGACAGAGGGCCCUGGGAUUCUGUCUCAGAUGGCCUGGUCUUAACGUCUUCUCCAUUGGGAAUGAAGGUGUCAGGCGGGACUGGAACGUUCUAGAUGAUACGUUCUGUGAUAUUAACAACUGUUACCCGGGACGGACCGCGGGCCACACUUGGAGGCCUCGCUGUGCUGGGGGCUUCGGCGUCCAGGCGCCCAGGUGUGGCCACCAGCACUGGUUUCUGCCUUCACAUUGCUGGGGUGCAGUGAGACUGCCACAACAUGCACGUGUGGCUCUGUGGGUGUCUCCUGGAGAGGACGUGGCCCCUGCUGCCAGCCCCUGAGCAGCCCGUGUCAGGGCCAGAGGGAGCCGCACAGUGGGGGCCGGCCUCGCUGGAGGGAGAGCAACCCUUCGCCAAUGACGUGCCGGGGCUGGAGGGAGCCGCACAGUGGGGGCCGGCCUCACCGGAAGGAGAGCAACCCUUUGCCAAUGACGUGUGAGGGCCCGAGGGAGCCACACGGUGGGGCCACCUCGCUGGAGGGAGAGUAACCCUUCGCCAAUGACGUGUGGGGGCCGGGGGGAGCCGCACAGUGGGGGCCGGCCUCACCAGAAGGAGAGCAACCCUUUGCCAAUGAUGUGUGAGGGCCCGAGGGAGCCGCACGGUGGGGCCGCCUCGCUGGAGGGAGAGCAGCCCUUCGCCAAUGACCACGCUUGCUGCCAUCUCUUAGUUUUCUUUUUCACGAACGCUUUAUUUUUUUAAUAGAUAAAUCACAUUUGUAAGUCCUUUAAUAAGAUGCUGCUUCCCUUCAUUCUGUGCUGUAUUUCCUGCGUGAAGGCUACUGUAGCAGCAGCUUGCUGAGCCCCUCCAAGCGGUCCCCAGAAUUAGCUGGUUCACGCCCCCCACCCGCCCCCGACCCCGCCUGUCGGAUGUGGAUGAGGUCGUCGCACUCAGAAUGACAGGCUUGUUCGCCAGGUCACAAGGGCAGGCUGCAGCGGGUUUGGGAGCUGGGCUUAGGCCCCUGGUGUCUGAGGGCCCGGGCCUUGCCAGGCCUUUGCCGCUCCUGCUCCUGGGUUUGAAGAUGCAGGCCGAUCGCCAGCUCUGUGGUAGCGGUCACUAAGGACAGCCUGACUGUGCCAUCUCGGAGCCUCCGGCAGGGCUUCGGAGGCUCCCUGCUCCUCUCCACUCUGCAGAUGCUCUCCACUGUGCAGGCGCUGCCCUGCAGGGUGUCAGCGGGCGGGGUCUCGGAACAUGUGCUUCUGAUUAUUUUACUGGGGUCCAUUGUCCAGAUUUUUCUUUGACUGUAAAAUAUAUUUUUACUUUUUAGCCUCCUAAUUUAAUAAAUGAUCCAUAUAAAAAUAGAGAAAUAAAGUUCUUUAAGGGAAGGUUU